AUGAUUCGAUGCACAUUUGUUUCCUUUGAGCAGUUUCACCAGUACCAAGUGGUUGGGAGAGCCCUCCCGACAGAGAAAGAUGUGCAACCUAAGAUCUACCGUAUGAAGCUGUGGGCCACUAAUGAAGUUCGUGCCAAGUCCAAGUUUUGGUACUUCUUGAGGAAGCUGAAGAAGGUUAAGAAAAGCAACGGACAAAUGCUUGCCAUCAAUGAGAUUUUCGAGAAGAACCCUACGAAGAUCAAGAACUUCGGUAUCUGGCUGCGUUAUCAGAGCCGAACUGGGUACCAUAACAUGUACAAGGAGUACCGCGACACCACACUCAACGGUGCAGUGGAGCAGAUGUACACUGAGAUGGCUUCUCGUCAUAGAGUGAGGUUCCCUUGCAUUCAGAUCAUCAAGACCGCAACAGUCCCUGCAAAGCUGUGCAAGAGAGAGAGCACGAAGCAGUUCCAUAACUCGAAGAUCAAGUUCCCUCUUGUUUUCAGGAAGGUCAGGCCACCAAGCAGGAAGCUCAAGACUACUUACAAGGCAUCGAAGCCCAACCUUUUCAUGUAA